AUGGAUGAUUUUAAAAUUUUAUUGGAUGAUGAUGAUGCUGGUAAUUUUAAAAUUCCAAUGGAUGAAAUAGAUUUAAAAAGAUUGAUUGAUGCUUUAAUACGUGAUCAAAAUUUUCUUAGUUAUUAUGAAUUAAAAGAAUAUCUCCAAGGAUAUGAUAACACUAUAAUGAGUGAUGAUAUGGAUUAUUAUUAUCCGUAUUAUAAAAAUGAAGUUUUGAAAUAUCAUGAAAGAAUAAUUUCUAAAAUUAAAGACAAAAUUGAAAAUAAUGAAUAUAAAAAGGGAAAAACUAAAUCACAACUUAAACAAUUGAAAGAUUUCAAAAAUAAAGUAUUAACAGAAAAAGAUAUUGAUGAAUUAUAUAAUUUAUAUAAUCCUGAGCCACAAAAGCCAAAGGAACAAAAGCCAAAGGAACAAAACGCCCAGGUCAUUCAGACCAUAAAUGAUGCACGAGCUUUAAUUUAUGAUUCAUUAGUUAAACCAUAUUCAGCCCGACUUUUGAAUGAAGAUCAACUUUUGGAAUUCAUCCUUCAACAUAAACUCGAAGCAGGAAAGUAUAUCAAACCUUUAUAUACAGCAUAUUUAAAACAAAUGAAUAAAAUACAUCCAGAAUUAAUGAAAGAAGGAAUGAAAUCCAAAACUUCAUCAUUCAAAAUCAAAGCAGAUAAAAUUAAACCAAAACCUCCAACAGUAGUACCUCCUCCUUCAGUUAAUACUUCAUCAUUCACUUUAUUAUAUCCAUUUCAAACAUUAAAGAAGCAAAAAGAUUUUAAAAGGGAUUUCAAGAUAUUAAAUAAACCAACUGACCCAAAAAUUCAACCAUUAAAGGAAAAAUUUAGUCGCCCCUCAUUUGCACCAUAUCCAUAUUCAUACGAAAUCGAUCAUUUAGAAUAUUCAAAAGGAAACGUUACUUAUUUAUUUGCCAUUAACAUUAACACAAGAUAUUUAUAUUGCAUUCCGGUGAAAGGGAAAACAGAACAGGAAACAAGAAGAGCUAUUCAAUACUUACUAGAUCAUGAAAGAGUAGAUAAUAUCAAGGGUGAUGGUGAUAAAGGAUUUCAGGCAGCUAUGACUCAUUAUUUCCCACAAAUUAAUUUUUACUUUUCAUCCUCUCCAUAUACGUUUCAUAAUAAAAUAGUUGAUGCAGUAAUGAGAACUCUUAGAGUUGCGUUAGGGGUUAACGGUCAGAUAUACUGGGAUGGAAAUCAUGACUCCAUCAUACAACAGUUAGUAUAUUAUUACAAUAAUACAUGGCAUAGAACUAUAAACAUGAAACCGGUGGAAAUGAAAAAUGAUAUUUCAAAAGAAUGGGAAUAUAUUAGAAAGCAAAUGGAAAGGUUGAAUGAUGUUAAACAUGAACAAAUUAAUUCGGGGCUCAUGAAUUUUAAACAAGGGGAUAAAGUUUUGAUUCAUCUCGAUUAUGGAAAAACUGAUAAAUCAAUGACAAAAAGAAGACGAAGAUUUGACACAAUAGCUGAAUUUGUUAGAUAUAUUAACGGCAAUGCAUUAGUUGAAGUUGACAAUAAAUUAAUAGAAAUUCCGAUUUAUUUUAUUACUCCAUUAUAUUUAAAUAAUAUUUAA